UACAUUCAUUCACAUGAUGACAUUUAGGCGAAAGCCGGUUUCCAUAAUGGCAUAAAUCCAAAUUUCUCGUGAAUAUCUCAGCGCCGAGCUCGAGCCCGCAGUCUGCCAUCCCCUUUCGGUGGCAACCAAAUCCGGCUUGCCUGCAGCGGAUCUCCAUCUGGUCGGAGUGGAUCGGGUCUCCGGUGGUGUUUCUCGCCUCCGUGGCGGUUAGUGGCGCCGGACGGACCACGUCCCCGCAGCAGCGGUCAGCGGCGGCUGGCCUAGCUGCGGUGGCUUGAGGCGGCUCUCGGACGGGUGCCUCGAGCUGGCACCAGCGGGUGGGUGCCGCAACUCUCACCGCUAGCUGGUGUAGAGGCGGCGAGUCCCGGCGCCAUGGAGGGUAGGCCGCAAGUGUCCGCUUAGAGAGGGGUCAACAAAGGGACUUGUCAAGCUACGACACUGCGGUCUUCGGUUGCCCUGCUCAGCUUGUUGUUGCCGUACAUGAUCCUUCAUGAUUUGUGAGAGAUCUAUAUUCCCCGAAUCUUCACCGGCUCUGCCAGAUCACUGGCGAUCUUCUUGCCAGCCGCCUCCGCUAACCUGCGCGGCACAGUAGAGCUCAGGAAAAGCGGUGGGACUGAGGGAGAAAAGAGGAGAUGACUAGCCUGUCGAUCACAGUGAUGACGCUGAACUUGCAUGAAGGCGAGCAGCCGAGCGAGAGUCCCAACAGCUGGGAGAAGCGCCGGGACAUCUGCGUCAGCGUCAUCACCAGCUACUCUCCUACCAUCCUUUGCACCCAACAAGGCUUAAGAUGGCAACUGGACUACCUACAACAGUGCUUGCCAGGUUAUGAACAGUUUGGAAUCUCAAGAAAAGGCUCACAGGACAACACUGAUGAAUACUGCACAAUAUUCUAUGAAAAGGAAAAGGUGGAGCUUACUGAAGGUGGCACUUUUUGGUUGUCGGAAUCACCAUCUGUUCCAGGAAGCAUUUCAUGGGGAGCAAAUGCACCCUGCAUUGCAACAUGGGCAACGUUUCAACUCAAAAGAUUAGAACCACCUGGAUUCAGUUUUCAGAUCGUAAAUACAAAUCUUGAUGAAGUUAGCCCUCGUGCUCGACGAAGAAGUGCUUUGCUUACAUGGCAACAUAUAGCAUCGCUGGCCCCCAAUUUGCCUGUUAUCUAUUGUGGAGGCUUCAAUACACAGAAGGAAUCUAUGACUGGGCGGUUUUUGCUUGGCAGAUCCAGAGAACAUGGUGUUGUUGGUGAUAUGAGAGAUGCUUGGCCAAAUGCUCGAGUGCGAAAAAAUGUGUCAAUAAUACACACAUAUCAUGGAUUUAAAGGGGAGAAAAAAGGUGCCCUAGAAUUUCUUAAAUUAAUAUUUAGAGCUCUUUGCCUCUGCUGGGAUCGACAGACACAGGACUUGCAUGUUGACUGGAUCCUAUUUAGAGGACGCCCACUGGUUCCUGCACUUUGUGAGGUCAUAAAUGACAAUAUAGAUGGCGUUUAUCCGUCGUCGCACUUCCCUAUCUUUGCUGAGUUUUUGCUUCCACGCUCAGUUCGCCUAGCCGAGACACCUUCAUAGCCAUCGUGUCAUUUUUUUUAUAUUUUUUCCCAAUCUCAUUCUGAUUACGGCUGAUUGUUCCUUUCGACGACUUCACCAUGAAAUUGGGGUACCACCCUUCACCACAAUUGCUGGUCACUUCAUUCCGCAAAACAAGACAAUAUACACGUGCAUCCUUUUUAUAUAUGUUUCCAGUCAGUAGUCACUAUUAUGUGUUGCCUCAGCCUUGCUAUCUUUUUAAAGUUCACCUUUUCCAUAUGGCGUUGAUUUUCAUGUAUAUAUACUGUACCUUUACAUGCUAUUUAUCACAACUGUGAGAGUUCAAGUAAAUCUGAUGUAAUGAAAUUUCCAAGCUGCUCUUUUUUCACAUUCUUAUA